CUGAGCACUCCGAACUGUCCCUCCUUCUCGUCAACCGUCCCUCUGGCUCAUCUGUUGCCUUAACGGGCAACGACAGCGAUCCUCUACAGCCACUCUAAUCUACCGACAUGGGCACAGCAAGUCGUUCUGGCUGUCGCUGCUGAGCCAAGAUCUGCCCAGAUCUUCGACAAAACCCAAAUGGCGCUGUUUCGUUACUGUCCUUACGACGGCAGAAAGUUCUUCCAGGAGGAGGUCGUUUGUCCUCUCUGCAAAGAGCCGCGCUUCCCGGUGAGCAAAGCAUGCACCGACCUGUGUGGCAGCAGACAGAGAUUCGUCCUCGUUGCUCACUCAUGCAUGAGCCGACAUGGCAUGCAGUGAGCGAGUCCUUUUUUCUCUCUGUUUGGGUUGCUUGCUACAGCUGUCGCACACGUGGCGUUUUCAGAGGGAGAGGAGUCAGGACGGCCAGCGAGUGCCGUGGCGCAAGAUCCUCUACGAGCGGCAGCCCUAUGAUGACACACACGUCGACAUCACAUUCCUCGACUCACUCAUUACCAAUGGUGCGCAUGGGACACCUGCCUGACCAGACAGACGGCUGCCAUGGGAUGGAUGUUUGAUGCGACUGUGUGCGUGUGUGUAUGCGUGUGUAUGUGUGUGUGUGUGCAGCAACGGUUGGCGAGUAUCGGUACUGGACGUUGUGUUGCUGGUCUGUCGACCUCACGCAGCCGCUGAGCUGUCUGACGCUCUUCCUGGCUUUGUAUGUGUUGCUGCGCAAGGGGAUGGUUGACGUGCGGUGGCUCGUCGGCCUCGACAUGGGCUUGCUCGCUGGCGGGUAGGUGGAUGGGUGGGGUGAAUGGAAUGGGUGAGCCAGGCGGGCGGGUAGCUUGACUACCCAGACGAUUGCAACACUAACCACUGCGUGUGUUCGUGUGUCAGGUAUGUUGUCUGCGUGCUGCUUCGCCGCAACAAAGAGCCGCAAGGUAUCUAUCCACCGUGGAUGGGAGAGGAGAGGGGCUGGAGGGAUGUGUCUGUCUGAUGGUGCAUUGCAUUGGUCUGGGUGCUGUAAUUACGUGCAGGCGGCACAUGGAGAGCCCUCAGGAGUGCCGUGAAUAUCGUGGGAUUCCUCUGGGUCAGUCAGUCGAACAAGCUAGGGCCACCGAUGAUGAUUCAAGCCUUGAUGAUUCCUUGCUUGUUCUGCUCGGUCGGCCACAGAUGCUGUCACCGGUGCUGCAGACGCUCACUCAGACCUACAGCAGCGACACCCUCUACACACUCACCACCAGUAAGUAGACCAGCCAACAUCGAUUGCGCCGGACGGACCACAUAAGCGUCGAUUGAUUGCCUCUGGUGUGCUACGCUACGCUACCUGUUGACUGUCUUCAGUGUUUCUGUUGCUCCAUUUGGCUUUCUACGACUACCACUUCGUGUACGGAAGCAACAAGCCCAACAGGCGACCAGCCGUGAGAGAGGAUGGGAGCACUCACUUGUGUGCAGUGCAGGGCAGUGCAGUGGAGUCUGCAGAUAUCUGUUGGUUGUAUGGGUGUGUGUUUUGUGGCUGGGUCUGGUCUGCAGGUGCCAGGGGUGCGCCCGUCGCCCAGACCGCCCAGCCCGUUUGGCUUAAAUGCAGCCAUGUUCGCUGCGGUAGGUACGAUGAUGUUAGUAAGACAGGCAGGCAGGCAGGCCACGAUAUGCCCCUCAUGGUCUGUGUCUAUCCUGCCUAUGGUCCCAUACGGACGGACGGCGCAGGUGUUGCUCGCCUCUCGACUGAACACGUCCGCAGAGGUCAGUCAAUUACGUGUCAGUCAGUGCAAACGCUGAAAGGUGCUGCACCCACCAUUUAUCCCUAUGUGGCUUCCCUUCCUCCCCCACAGGUGUUUUCGGUUGUCUUGUUCGCAAUAGAGUGAGUGAGUGAGUGAGUGAAUGGGCGGCUGGGCUGGGUGUGUGGGCGGGCGAGUCGGUAACACUCACUGCAAUGCGCACAUGUGUGAUGCGCAGGAUGUUCGGCCUUAGUCUCAUUCUCCGCAGAGAUAUCAGGGUGUGUGGGUCACUACAGUACACCACACCACACACAGACGUCCCGUUGCUGGCAGGGCAGGCAGCAGCCCUCUUCCUCCGAUGUCCCCUGUCUGUCUGUUUGUUGUGCUGUGUGUCCUGUCCAGGAUUCGUGUGAGUGGGCGUACACGUUCGUGCUGACUCCCCUGCUGGUGGCCACGGCCUACUGGCUGCUGAAGCUCGUGUCCAUACACAUGGCAUUCUUCUACCUAACCUGGUUGGUGGGUAAUGUAUGUACCAGCAGACAGACACCUAAGCGGUCCCUUGUUCUGCCACUGGCUGCAGCAUAUUGCUGAUAACAUUUGUCGGUCCCUACUGCUUCAUCCACUCGCAGCGAUACAAAAGGUACGCUGGCACACGAAAAGGGCGGGCACCUCCCUCCACAGCCCAAUAAGUCGGGUCACUGUGUGGCUGCGUGUGUGGUGUGCGCACUGUAGUGAGAUCAAGGGUCCGUGGGACAUCGCUGAGGUUCCUUCCUACAGCUAA